AAGCAGUGAUAGAUUAUCAGUGCAACGGCGAAUACGCGUAUACCAAAGUGCUCGGGAAUAAAAUAUUUCCAACCCUCUGAAUCGAAGAAAAAAAAUUCAGCUCUUUUUAGAAACUUGUGUUAGAUUUAUCAAUUUCUUGGAAACACAAAAGUUAACCCUACGCGAUCAUGUGUCGCAAACAUAGAUACUUUCUCAUGGAUGUGCAAUCCGUUCACAUGAUGACCUGACCGCCAUGGCAGCCCUCGUAAGGCUCAAGAGAGGCAGCGUCCAGCUGAGACAUGCGGCUCUCGAAGUUAGGGCGGCUGUUCGGGCGAGACACGUCGUCGCUUCUCUCGUUGCCAUCGGGUUCGCCCUCUGCGGUACCGUAGAAGUCAGUGCCUCGGUGGCCCUUUUGGCGAAUCAGGAGGACAACCAUGCCAUCAUCGAUACGUCGUGGCAUUGCAACAUGCUCGUCAAUAUCACGAGCCGAAAUAAAACCGAAGAUUUCGAGGUCAUACUGAUGGAAUUACCGCAAGAAGAACACGCGGAGUCUAUAAUGCGCGAGGCCUUCCUCUGGGGUCAAGUAGCGGGUCCGAUACUGGGGGGUUGCCUCGUUUGGGGUCGUUCCGGACCCUCGAUCGUGUUCUCCCGCGCCGUUCUCAGCGCUUGUCUCGCCUCGCUCUUGAUACCCGCUGCUUGGAGAGGACCGUCCCACGUCGCGCUCCGACUGUUUCAGGGAUUGUGUACGGGGGCCACCAUGCCUGCGGCUCAUAUGUUGGCUAUGACGUGGUUCAAGUCCACGCAUAGAAGCUGGUAUUUUUCCUGCUACGCGGCCGUUAGUGUCGGCUACUGUCUAAUGGGUUGGAUCGGAACUGCGGUCGUUCGUUCUUUCGGUCGAGAUUCCCUCUGUUAUGGGCUAGCUCUGGUGGCUAUUUGCUGGUAUUUUGCGUUCGGCCGUUUCGUCAAAAACUCGCCGAAGUCCUAUCAGCAUGACACCAACGCAGCGGUCAUUCCUUGGGGAAAACUGUUGAGGUCUGUUCCUGUCUGGGCAUCAGCAGUGGCAACUAUGGGCAACCAAUGGGGCGACGCCACUCUUUCUCUCGGUAUGACCAAGUACCUGAAACUCAUCUACGGUUUUUCGACGGCAAACGACUCGGUGCUCACAACGCUGCCACACAUCGGACACUUCAUGGCUGCUCUGACCUGCGGUCUUCUGGUAGAUCACGUCCGGGAAUCUGGGAUGGUAUCGACGACGACGGCCAGAAAGCUAGUCGUCUACACGGCACACUUCAUACCGGCUGCCUUGCUUUUCGUGGCGGGAUACGCUGGAUGUCAAGCUUUGGGGGCGGCUUGGCUUGGAAUCGCAGCACUCCUCGUAUCCGGAACCGCACCAGCGGGUGCACUGGCCGCGAUCGCCGACCUUGCGCCUGAAGAAUCCCCCGCCUGUGCAGCCGCAGCUUGCGCUCUCUGUUCUACCCUUGGAGCGGCGGGUCUUCUGGCCGCGAAUUAUUUCGUAACUCAGGCGCUUCACGGCUCCAUCGCGGGCUCCUGGCGAUUGGUCUUCGGCGUAGCUUCCGUUGUCCUUUUGUCAACCGCGGCGGUAUUUUUGGCGCUCGGCAAGGGCGUGCAACAACCCUGGAUUCCUUCGGUAGCUAGACCGAGGAGUCACGACGUUAUCUACGAGCAGGAUUCUCUGGAGCUCGAUUACGAAGACGUCGGCGUUCAAACCGAACCGUACGAGCCCUACAAUUUGACCGAGGAUGUGGAAAGCCUCAACAAUAUUCACAGAUCCACUUCCGUGCACUCCAGAAUAUCGAAAAUGUCCAUCUGAUAGGAACGAGUUUGAAUAUUUCAUAUUUAUAUCAUCGUAUCAACGAACGUUUCAGCAGUUGGUACACGAAGUGAUCUGAAGAUCUGAUUUAUUUAAGUGCUGAAAUCUAAAAUCGAGACAUCUGCACCCACUGAGAACUAAUUUCUAAGCUGUCAUUGACGGAAGUCUCUAAAUUUCGUUAAUUUUACCGGCAGCGAAUUAGGGGGCUUGCACGUCAAGUUUCGUACGUAAAGUUUGGCCGUUUUCGGCACAUUACCCAUAGCACUUUUCAAAUUGAUGUCUCGAAAAUUAUGCGUUAUAUUUAUACAGUGUAGUGUAACAUAAUCAACAGUCGUUCAUGUUAUUAACGAUACUAGAUAAUGAUGAAAACCAAUAUAGGAAUAAUAACAUUUUAUUAAUGGAAAUACACGAGAAAUUUAAUAUUAUUUUUAGGUAAGUAGAUUGUAAUUAGUCCGUGCCUGUGAUUUUUGAAAUAAAGGCGUCAAAACAAAUAUUUAUUUAAUAA